UCCUCAAGAAAUAAGAAUGGAGGUGAAGAGAAGAAGAAACAAGCCCCUAAGGCAAAUGGGGCAUGGCCAAUCUUAGGCCACCUUCCACUUCUUUCGGGUCCGGAUCCUUUUAGGAUCUUGGCAGACAUGGCUGAUGAAUACGUUCCUGUGUUCCGAGUUCAGCUUGGUUUGCAGCAUGCACUUGUCGUGAGUAGCAAGGAAGCCAUAAUGCAGACUACUAAUGACAUGAGUUUCAUGGGCCGUCCUAAUGUUCUGGCCUUGAAAUACAUGGGUUUUUACGGUGGAUUCUAUGCAUUAGCCCCUUAUGGUCCUUUCUGGCAGGAGAUGCGCAAGGUCUCCAUCCUUGAGCUUCUGUCAAAUACCCGCGUGGAGCUCCUUAAACCUGUGAGAGCCUCAGAGAUGAGCACAUGCAUCAGUGAGUUGUACUCACUCUGCUGCAGGGAUGGGAAAGUUGGUUCUGUCAAGGUAGCCAUCGAUAAAUGGUUCCAACAAGUGUUAUUCAAUAUGAUAGCACAAGUGAUUGCUAGGAAGCGGUAUAGCAGUGUUGGUAAGGAUGCCUCAGAUAAGGAAUUGAAGUGUUUGAAAAGAGCAUAUGAAGAUUUUUUUGUCAUGCUUGUGACUUUUCAGAAGUCGAAAGGCAUACCAUUUACUAGAUGGAUGAAUUUUCAAGAAAAUAGGGUCAUGAAAAGGACAGAAAAGGAGUUUGAUUUCAUUCUGAGUUCUUGGAUAGCUGAUCAUAAGCAGCGCAGGGGAAUACAAGGCCAGUUGAAAGAGGAUCGUGAUUUCAUUGAUAUAAUGCUGUCAAUGUUUGAAGGAUCUGAUGAUUUUAUUCAAGGCCACAAGACUGAUGAUGUUAUCAAGGCAAAUAUCUCUGGUAUUAUAUUUGCAGGAACAGAUGCCAAUUAUGCUACCAUCACCUGGGCACUUGCACUAGUUUUGAAGCACAGGGAAGUUCUGAAAAAGGCCCAAGAAGAGCUUGACUUGCAUGUUGGACAAGAACGAUGGGUAGAAGAAUCAGAUAUCAAAGAACUAAAAUACCUCCAAGCUAUUUUGAAAGAAACAUUCCGGCUCUACCCUGCUGGUCCCUUGUCCAUUCUUCGCGAGGCCUUAGAAGAUACCACUGUUGCAGGUCAUUAUGUCCCAAAAGGAACUCAGUUAUUGGCGAAUAUCUGGAAACUGCAUCGAGACCCUGGAACAUGGACUGACCCUGAUGAAUUUCAGCCAGAGAGAUUUCUGACUACUCAUGCAGGACUUGAUGUAAAAAAUCAACAGUAUGAGUUAAUUCCAUUCAGCACUGGGAAGAGAUCAUGUCCUGGAAUGGCAACUGGUACGCAGAUGAUACUACUAACGCUAGCUCGUUUGCUUCAAGGAUUUAAUUUGGUCACUCCCACAAAUGAACCAAUCAAUAUGACUGAAGCAGCAGGGAUUACUCUGCAUAUGAAAUAUUCACUAGAAGUUGUGCUUACUCCACGCCUCCCAAAUAAGCUUUACGAGUAAGAAUUGAUGCAACAAUUAGGCUUGUGAUAAAAAUAAAGUGUGGUGUGUGAUCAAAAUAAUUUAUUGUUGAAUUAUUGCAGAGUAAAGACAAUAGGGCAUGUCUUGGUUUGUAUUGGUGUGUAAUCGCGUAAAAUAUAAGUUUAUCUUCUGUGAUAAACUAUCCUUCCUUUUAUUGUACUGGUGUGUAAUUCACAACCGAAUCUGGGUAUGUAUCUUCUUGCUUUACUAUGA